GUAGCUGGAGCAGCAACGGCAGAAGGCUGUAAGAGCAGCGGGCUCCUGAUUGGGUGGGCAGGGUCAGCAGGAGCUGUCCUGGGGCUCUGUCCCACCCUGGGGCUCUGUCCCACCCUGGGGCUCCGUCCUGCGCAGGAGUGGGAGGCCACCUUGCAGGCGGAGCAGCAACAACUGCGCCUGGAGAAGGAGAAGGAGCUGGCCCGGCUCAGAGCCACACAGGAGCGGGCCCAGGACUGGCAGGCAGAACGGGAUGCUCUGAGGGCCAAGAGGAACCAAGAGGUCGCAGACCGGGAAUGGCGGCGGCGGGAGCUGGAGAAGGCACGGAAGAAGGCUGAGCUGCAGCAGCAGCUGAAGCAGGACCGGCUGGAGCAGGUGGCCCAGAAGGAGCAGUACCUGGCCAUGCAGGUGCAGCAAGACCGCCAGGAAUUCCAGAGGGUGCUCAGGGCCCAUCAGGAGCAGCUGCAGCGGGAGAAGCUGGAGCAGGAGCAGAGGGAGCUCCGGCAGCGUGCCCAUGCCGCAGAUCUCCGGCGGCAGAUCCAGGAGCUGCAGCAGCAGCGGCAGCGGGAGCGGGCGGCCUUCAUUGAGGAGGGCCGGCAGCAGCAGCAGGAGGUCCAGCAGCGCAGCCAGCGCCUCGCCCAGUUCAGGCAGCAAAAGCUGCAGGAGUUUAGAGUCACUGGAAUGCCCGAAAAGUACUGUGCCCAGGUGGAGCGCAAAGCCCAGAGCCAAGCCAGAAGAGCCCCCUCCUAGGCCCAGCCCCACCAGGAACCAGCUCCAAUUCCCCACGGAUUUGGGGUUCCAUUUGCAUUGAAUACAUUUUCCAAUAAACUAUGUUUCUGAGAA